UCCCUAUCCUCUCCACCCAAACAUCGACAGCACCUGCGCCUGCAAUCAUCUGGCUGGUCUUGUGUUUCACCAAUCUCUGCCUCCCUGCUCUCUCGCUCACAACUGCAAUCAUCUGCGCCCUUGAUUUCAGCAUGGAGGUGGCCGCAGGCGCAGCACGAUGGGUGGUGGGCAAGGCGCUGGGCCCUGUCGCCGAUGGCUUGCUGGAGGCAUGGGCUGCGAGCAAGGAGCUAGGCCCUAACGUUGACGCGCUAAAGAUGGAGCUGCUCUACGUGCAGGGGAUGCUCAACAACACCCGCGGCCGAGACAUCGACAACCCUGCACUCAACGUGCUACUGCAGAAGCUGCGGGACCUCGCGUACAAUGCCGAGGAUGUGUUGGACGAGCUCGACUACUUCCGCAUCCAGGACCAGCUGGAGGGUACUUACGAGGCUGCCGACGAGCAUGCCAAGGGAUGCAUGUGCAACCUCUACCUCCACGCUCAUCACACCGCUAGAGCUGCUGGCAAACUGCUCUGCUUCUGUCCGUGCUCACGUGCGGCUGGUCAUAGUACUGAUCCGAGUGAGCAAAGGGAAGAAGAUACAAGGCAACAAGUACUCUGCUGCGCUUGGCCAUGUGCCAAGCAGCGGAGUGCACGCGGAAACACCCCGUCAGCGCCACACAACCACCAGGCCAACGAAGAGGUCAGAAGAUGCAUGCGCAAGCUCGCUUCUGGUGCUUGCAACACCAUCCGUCAUGUUGGUAAACUCCUCCAUUGCUCAUCCCUCCCAACUCAUGAUGAUGAUAGUUCUGUCAUGCCAGUCAUUUGCGGUGCCUGCAAGCACAAGGCAUCCCUGAAAAAGCAUGUGAAAGAAACUCCAAAACUAGAGUUUGAUAGGGUGGAUCUGUCUAAAAGAAUGAAGCAUAUUGUAGAGCAACUGCAGCCAGUAUGUGCAAAGGUCAAAGCCAUUCUUAAUCUAGAGUUGUUGGGUUCUAGCCAUACUACCGCCCCAAGCAUUGCCAAGAGUCCAUCCACCACCACCUCUGACAUUAUAGAGUCAACACUGUACGGGAGAGAAACUGCGAAGAAGAGCAUCAUAGAUAGUAUUACUCAUGUUAAAUAUAGUGACAAAGACCUAAUUAUCCUGCCAAUUGUUGGUUCGGGUGGCAUAGGGAAGACAACUCUCGUACAACACAUAUAUCACAGCCAAGAAGUGCAAAAACAUUUUCAGGUCAAGGUCUGGAUAUGUGUAUCUCAGAAUUUCAUUGUUAAUAAGCUGACUGAAGAGAUUGAAAAAGCAAUACCUAGUGUGGAAGGUGAAAAAGGGGGUAGAGCAGAAGUGUUAAUUGAACAGAGAUUAAAUUCUAAAAGGUUUCUGCUUGUAUUAGAUGAUAUUUGGAAGUGUGAAUCUGAGGACUGGGAAAGGCUUUUAGUACCACUCAGAAAAGGGCAGACAAAGGGCAAUAUAAUUUUAGUGACAACUCGGUUUCCAGCUGUAGCAGAAAUGGUUAAAACAACUGAUAGUUCAAUAGAUCUGAAGGGCUUAGAACAAGGAGUGUUUACAGAUUUUUUUCGAGCAUGCAUUUUUCGUGAUAAGCAAUCACAAAAAGAUCAUCAUGGGUUACUUGAGAUUGGGGAUAAGAUAGCAGAAAAGCUAAAGGGAUCCCCUCUUGCAGCAAAAACUGUAGGUAGAUUAUUGAGAAACCACCUUGAUGUGUAUCAUUGGAAUAGAGUCCUAGAAAGUAGAGAAUGGGAAAUGCAGACCGGUGAGCGUGACAUUAUGCCUGCAUUGAAACUUAGCUAUGAUUAUCUGUCUUUUCAUCUGCAGCAAUGUUUUUCUCGUUGUGCUUUAUUUCCUGAAGAUUACGAGUUUAACAGUGAAGAGCUCAUUCAUUUCUGGAUAGGACUGGAUAUUUUGCCUUCUGGUGAUCGAAAUAAAACAGUUGAAGAUGUAGGUGUGGACAUUUUAAAUGAUUUGGUCAACCAUGGAUUUUUCAAAAAAGAUGAAACUGGUGGGCAUCCAUAUUAUAUCAUUCAUGACCUGCUGCAUGAUUUAGCUUUGAAGGUUGCAUCUCAUGAAUGUCUUAGUUUGCAUCACUCUAAUGUAAGAUCAGUAGAAAUUAGGCCAUCUAUCCGUCACUUAUCGAUCAUAAUAGAUGGUCCAGAUGAUAGUAAUGGAAUUACUGAUGAGACCUUUAAGAGUGAGUUGAGGAAACUUAAGACAAAAUUGAAGGUUGAAAACUUGCAAACAUUAAUUAUAUUUGGAGGAGAAGAUGAAAGCUUUGUCAGCAUAUUUGGUGAUCUGUUCAUGGAAGCAAAUGCUCUCCGUGUUCUUUGUUUGCCCACAUUGUCAUAUCCCCUGGAAUCCAUGUUGCAUAACUUUUCAUCACUUCUGCACCUACGAUUCCUAAAGCUAGGGACUUCAAUCAGCCAGAUGCAUUUACCAACAACCUUAUCCCGAUUUUAUCAUUUGAAGAUAUUGGAUCUACAAGAAUGGGAUGGUUCUUUACUUUUACCUAGAGACAUGAGUAACCUUGCAAAAUUGUGCCAUUUUCUUGCCCAAUAUGGUGAUCUUUAUUCGGGUAUUUAUAAUGUCGGGAAACUAAAACUCUUACAGGAGUUAAAGGUUUUUGCAGUCAAUAAAGAAAGUGAAGGGUUUGAACUAAAUCAACUAGAGCAUCUCAACGAGAUAAGAGAGCUUGGGAUUUAUAACCUUGAGAAAAUACAUACCAAAGACAAAGCAGUUGAAGCAAAACUGAUAGACAAAAACUACUUGCACAAGUUAACAUUAUGUUGGGAUAGUGAGCGGUCCAAUAUUGAAUCCGAUGUGGAAGCAGUGGUUCUAGAGAGCCUUCGACCACAUAGAAAUCUUCAAGAGUUGUGCAUUAGAGGACACAGAGGUCCUUGUCCAGCGUGGUUGGGUGAUAAGCUCGUUGUUGAGGCUCUACAGACUCUUUGUCUGGUUGGUGUUUCUUGGGGUGUUUUUCCUUCUUUGGGGAAGAUGUGGGAUCUUCGUGAACUAACAGUGGAGAAUAUUGCCACAAUAAAGGAGUUUAGUCUAGAGCAAAGCUUUUGCAAGCUAGUAAAACUUACACUCGUGGACUUAGAAAAUUUUGAAAAAUGGGUACCACUGGCCACUCAUUUGUUCCCUUGUUUGCAAGAAUUGACUAUUAUAGAUUGCCCUAAACUCUCGGAGUUGCCAUGUUCAAGCCACAUUGUUUACCCACUGAAACAAGACUGGAACAUAGAUUGGUUUCCCAAACUACAAAAACUCAGGAUAGAAAAUUGCCCUGGAGUCUUCCUACUGCCUCCUAUCCCUUGGACUCAUACUUUGAGCAACGUCUCGAUAAGUGGCGUGGGAUCAAAGCUACCAAACCAGUUAGUCUACUCUAGAGUAGCAUUACAAAUUACUGGAAAGGAUGGUAUGCAUAGCUUAGAUCAGCUGUUACUAUUCAGUCAACUAACAGAACUUCAGGAAUUGGAGUUCGAAAAGUGCCCACCUUUGAAGCUGGAGCAUUUUCUAAUGUUAACCUCAUUGAAGAGAUUGUGGGCAUGGUCGUCAAAUCAUCGCGUGUUGCCAUCAGAAGUUCAGAGUGGUGUCCAAUGGCAGCAUCCUGUCGAGGACAUUCUUAUUUGCAGAUCUCGUUCUAGUGGAAAGGAAUUGACACAGUUCUUAUCUCACCUCCCAAAGCUAUCCAAACUGGGAUUAUAUAGUUGUGAAAACAUAACACAGGUUGCUGUGGGGGUGGAUUUGCAGCAAACAAGAGCACCAGUAGUAUCAUCGUCAACCUCUUCAGAUGUUACAAUGGAUGAUACACUAGCAAAAGAUGAGCUGCAAGAAAUAGCAGAGGUGGAGGAGGUGGGGGCAAACACGGUGGAUGAUGAUGGGCUGUUGGUCCUCCCUGCACAUCUCUCCAACUCUCUGCAGGCGUUGGACAUCAGAAGUGGUGGUCUGGUAGUUCAUUCCCUCGAUGCUCUCAAAGCCCUAACUACCCUGGAGUUAAAAGAUUGUUCUUUUCGCCACCCUUUCCCGUCCUCCCUGCUAGCCCUGGAACUUACGUCCGUAAACGGCGUGCUGACCCUUUCAAACCUCACCUCUCUCACCCGAUUGUGCAUAUAUCGUUGCAAAGAGGAUUUAAGAUGCGAGGGCCUGUUGCCUCUCCUUACUCGGGGCCACCUCAGCCAUUUAGAUGUCCAACGAAUCCCCAAUUUCUUUGGUGCGUGGGACCCUAUGUGGGGGAUGCAGGAGGAGCAAAAUAAGAGGACAGAAUCCAAACUGCAGUAUCUCAAGACAGAUGACAUGGAGGGCUUCCUCGAUGCGCCCGCCCUCUGUAGCCUCCUCUCUUCCUCCCUCACAUCGUUGGACUUUAUUGGGAACCGAGAGAUGGCGCGCUUCACAAAGGAGCAGGAGGAGGCCUUUCAACGCCUCACCUCGCUCCAGGAACUCCAGUUUCGGUUUUGCGACGAGUUGGAGCACCUCCCUGCAGGGCUAAACAAGCUGACCAACCUCAAGAUAUUAGGGAUCUGGAGGUGUCCAGCCCUCCGGUCGCUGCCCAAGGAUGGCCUCCCGAGUUCACUACGAGAAUUAGAUGUCCAGUAUUGCGGCAACGACGAGCUAACAGAGCAGUGCAAGCGGUUAAUGGGAACCAUCCCAGAAAUCAAACUAUAGACCAAUCCAAGUCCGCCUUGGAGCUGUGCAUUCUUCUAGCCUUGUGGGAUUCUCUCCAUCUAUGGAGAAUUGGCGCAUGAGGUCCUGUGUGGUAUUUUCUUCAUCUCAAUACAUCUGGUUUCCUUGUGUUUGUCAAGGAAACAAGUGAAGGGAGUAGAGAAAGUCCCAUCAAGUCGACAGACAGAGUCACGCAAGGUUGAACCUGGAAUUUGUACUUCAGUGUUAGUUCAGAGGAACACUGGACCUGCAGGGAUUUUGCAAAGAGCAGCAGUUUCAGAACACCGCUGUUUUGACAAAGGACCGUUUGAGCGGUGAAAACAGUGUUAUCAUGGAACAUUAUAGGUUGUACAACAGCGAUGCUCUCAGUGCUUGUUUUGGCUUUGACUUACGAGAACUAAGCACCAUGUUGCAUCACCGAGGAGCUAUCCUGAAAAUCAUACUAGAGUACUAGACCGAUCCAAGUUAAAAAAAACUUUGCUGUCUGCCCUCAUCCCAAUAUCCAACAUCAUCAAGUCAUAUUUUGUACUCCCUCCGUCCCAAAAUAAGUGUCUUAACCUUGAGACACUUAUUUUGGGACGGAGGGAGUAUCUGAUUUACCUCAUAACUGCAAAAUCUGAACACACUCAGUUUUGAUCUACUUUACAGGUUCUUUGUCUUGGGAGUUGUACACUUUUUAGCCUUGUUGAAUCCUCCCCGUCCAUACAAAGUCUGCACAUGAGGAUCUUGUGUUGUAUCUUCUUACUGUACAUAGUACACAAAUCUGUAUUCUUAUGCUUGUUCUGGUUCGUUCUGAGAUACUUUGCAGUUACAUUUUGAUGGUCACUCAACAAGACUGGAUGGUGUACUUAUCUUGUUUGGCAGUGAGGAUCAUAAUGCUGGAAUAUAUAUUGCUGAUUUGCUACUGAAUAUAAGGACCUUUACAAGAAUACAUAGUGCUUGCAUGUUGCCUGGAGCCAGCCGAGAUCUUAAGCUGUCACUAAUUGAUGUGGCCUGUGGACAAGUUUGGAAUUUAUCAAUUAAGUAGUAGCAGAUCUGUGGAAAGGUUAGUAAACCCCUGCUGAAAUUCACGACCGCUUUAGCUAUGAUAGGUUGUAUUCAAAGUGGAAUUGUCAAACUCUUAUUACCUCAUGAGACCAAGGUUAGAGAACUUGCUGCUUUCUUGAUAUGUUGGCAGUCUUGCUUUUGAGCAUGCUCAUAAUCUCCGAAUUCAUUGCCAUGCUGAAUUAAACAACACAAGAGAGUUUUCAGUUGAUACGUAUAGUCGUAAAGGUAGAGAACACUUGUUACUAGGUGAUUGAUGAACAUUGAUUGAGCAAAAAGACUUGAGCUUGCUAAUUUUUAUUCAUAGAACCUGCUGAGUUGAGUAUGGUGAAGGUGAUUUAUUCUCUUCUUGAUUUGGAGUAUUUUUUUUUCUAUCCCACCAAUGCCAAAAAUAGAGAAGAUUCCAUGAGCCUUGAUUAUUGCAAUUUGAAUAUUUUUAGUGCGUAUUGUUAAGUUUGAUGUUCCUCUAGUCUGAAGUCUUUCAAAGCCAGUCAUUCUCUUCGCGUAACUUUACACUUCCUAGCCUCUUCACUCGGCAUUGCAUUCCUUCAUAAGGAUAUCAUGAACAUUGCCGGCGUACAUAUACAAAUAUCGGAAAUUAACCCAUUGCCCUCCAUUUGUUCACACCAUACCUACCUAUAUAGUGCAUCACUCUGCACUGGGUAUUCCAUAGUAGUUGAUUAUUCCAUGAGCACAGUCAUCAAAGUUCGAGAAGACUCUAAAGCGCUUUAUUGCCAUCAACCCUGCAAACUUCAUUAUUAUGAAGAGCUAUAUUCACCAGCAUUGAUUUCUCUCUUAGAUACAAAUGAAAAAAAAAAGACAGAUGAACACCAUGCAAAAGAUCAAAGGGUUCAUUCUCAAGCAGGACAAAAUAGCCAGCAGAGCUUCCAUAUUCAUGUGCAGAUAAAUCAAACUACUACCUAUGCAUAUCGAUAAUGUUCCCAUCACUCACAUCCUGGGAUCACCUUACAUUGCAUAGGCCUCUCCAAUCAUUUCUUUGGCGUGAGUCCAUUCCCUCCCACAUACCCUGAUACUACUUUUUCGAAUGACUGGAAUGUGAAGAUCGACUUCUUUGUACUGGAGUUGAACUCUUAUUUAGCUUUACAAUCAAAGAUUUCAGAUUUGCUUAUUUUUUUUUGAAUUACCUUACCAAGCUCCAGAUAAGCUUUCCACAAAUAUAAAGUAGAUAGGGAAUACUUGGGCUACUGGCCAGUGAGGACUAUAAUUAUGUAAUGAGAGUAAUUCCAGAUCAUGACAAGGUAAUUUCACUAGAUACCUGCUCUUGGAAGAUUCAUAAAGGAAUAAAAUUGUUGGCUACUCAAGUUUCCUUUUGUUCUUGACAUUGAAGUCAAACAACCAAGUGAUUAGUGUUCAGAAACUUUUAUAGCUAUAUUGUUGAUGCUGGUCACUCUCAAAAAAAUGAAAUAUAUUCCCCGCUGGCAAUGAAUAGAGUAGUUAUUUAAGUGUGUGCUCAAUCGUUAGCUUGCUACUUUAACAAGUUUGUGGGAAGAGUCUCUGUCCGAAGCUCAUGAGGAUUUCAAUAAUUGUUUGCACAUGAACACUUGUUUGCAAUCUCUCUAUUCUAAGCUUUCAGGUAUUUCACAAGCAAGUGGACAUGUUGAACCAGGAGCCUUAAUCAUCUGGCCGUGAUCUGAGACACUUUCUUGAGUGAAGAAUCAGAAAGGAAGAAGCCUGAGAUGAAUCAUAUAUACCUUUUGUUUCUCUUUGUAGCCACUUUCUCCCUAAUAAUGCUAUAAGGAAGAGAGAAUGGUUUUUUCACACCUAGUACUAUUUCCCUUGUAGCUUCAACCUGUAGCAGGUUUGGAUGAGUGGUAUGAAAACAGGCCAAUUUUUUUUCAUUUGUUCUUCUCAG